GCCGCCGGUACCAUGCUGCCCAGCUCCAUCCAGAUUUCCGGGGAGCCGCUGUCAGGCGCCGAGGUGCGGGACAUCUGCCGCGGCCUGCGCGACAACGCCGUGCGCCUGCUCUCCCUGCGCGGCUGCCGCCUCUGCGACCGCGACUUCGGCCGCAUCUGCCGGGCCCUGGCCGGGGCCACGUCCCUCGCUCAACUCAAUCUUAACCUAGGCGUCGUGUCCAGCCCCAGCCGCAUCAAGCAGCUGGCGGAGGCGCUGCGAACCAACCGCUCCAUCCAGUCCCUCUUCCUGCAUGGGAGCCCUCUUACAGAUGCUGGGCUGGCCUUGCUGAACCCAGCCCUGGCCCUCCACCCUGCCCUCGUGGCUCUGGACCUCGGGGACUGCAUGCUGGGUGAUGAAGCUAUCAACCUCAUCUGUGGCCUCCUCCCCCCAGAUGGGGCCAAGUCCGGCUUGAAAGAGCUAACGCUGAGCGCCAACCCUGGCAUCACCCCUAAGGGCUGGAGCCGCCUCGCCAUUGCUGUGGCCCACAGCUCCCAAGUCCGCGUCCUCAAUCUGGACUACAACCCCCUGGGUGACCAUGUGGCAGGGAUGCUAGCUGUAGCUGUAGCCUCCAGCCGCACCCUAGAAGUCCUAGAUUUGGAGGGUACAGGACUUACGAACCAGUCAGCUCAGACCCUGCUGGACAUGGUAGAAAAUUAUCCCACAGCUCUGCGGAGCCUAGUGUUGGCUGAGAACAGCAUCAGCCCAGAGCUGCAGCAGCAAAUCUGCGACCUACUCUCUGAGGGGGAAGAGGAAGAGGAGGUGGCAGGAGGGACUGGCGACACCCAGGAAUGGGAGAGAGGACGGGAGCCUGCUGCCCACCAGAGGGGCAGCAGCUCCUGGAUGUGCCCCAGCGAUCCCAGCUCUCAGAUGGUGCUAAUGACAUCAGGACUAGGGGACAGUCUGUUGGCUGAAACCGAGAUGUGACUCUCCAUUUGGGCUUCUGCACGUCAUUACACUUGUCUAUGUCCUCAGCACCUUCCUCCAGAUGUCAGGGGGUGGAACGUCUGGGGCUUGGGAGGUUGGGGAAAGGGGUUGCUUGGGGCUCUGGCAGCUCCUGGCACUAGUGGGAGGCUCUGGAAGCUGUGACUAGGCAAUGGCUAUGGGGUGGGGGGGGUGCUGAACCCAGGGCAAGGCCUCUGGACCUGUUGGCAGUUCUUGACUGCAACCCGCUGGCUCGGAAGAGAUUUUACAAACUCCCCAA